AUUUUUUACUUUUUGAUGAGUGAAAUUUAAAAUAAAUUCAAAAUUCAAAUAAAAAACAAUUAUUUUUAAAUAAAUUUUAUUCAUAUUUUCUUAAUAUGCAAAAUUCCUGUGCUUUUCCGGCCACACUUCAGUGUAAAUUAUGUGAGUUUCCACCCUGUAAUUGUGAAAAAUGCACAAAUCUUAGAUCAAAUGGAAAACCAGAUCAAGAGGAAAUUAGAAAAUGUUUUAGAAACUCAAAUAAUGCAACUCUAAAAGAGGCUAAUGAUGAUCAAAAAGCUAAACCUUUACCCACAGAGACAUUCAAUAUUCCUAAAACUAAUUUUAAGGAAAGACUUUUAGGAAUUCGGAACGUCAAAUUACCAAAAUUCCAAUUUAUACCUUCGGAUCUAAAUUCUAUGCUAUUUGAUAUAGUGGGAAUUAUUGCUUUUUUCAUUAUGGCGACAUUUUUGUUUUGGUUUACUAUUAGUCAAUAUUUAAGGGAUUUUGUGUACUUGAUCUUGCAGUGCGGAAGGAGAGCACAACUAAUCACUUCAAUAUUAAUGCUGUUACUUUGUGUCAGCAUUACAUUUCAUGCUAUUAAGGGCAGACAUCAUCGCUACCAAAUAAAUCAAAACAUAAAGAAAACUUCCGAUCCCGUUUUAAACCAUAACACUACUAACACCAACCCACUACCUAAAUGCUCCCAUUGUAAAUCUUGUCAACGUAAGAAAUGUUCUCAUUUUAAUUUACAAAAUUCUAAAGGUUGUGGUCGAGGAUCUAAAGAAAGUCUUUGUACUUUAAAUAAUAGAGAUAAAACGCAAAGUAAUAACAACAAAUGUGAUAAGUGCAAUGGAAAGACAGAAAGUUACAACUACAGCUUAACUAAGAAACAAAAUCCUUCUCUGUGUGAUUUGUGUGCUAAGCAUAUGAAGCAGGAAACUCGAUCCAUUUUAAGUGAUGACGAGGCCCGUGAAAUGUUUAAGAAGUAUAGACUAUAUGCCGUUCCAACUGAAAUGAAAACCCCACCAUCCUUUACAAAUCUUAUUGAAUUUUUAACUGGACUCUACAAUACUAUAUCAGGCUCUAGUAGAAACACACGUUCCUAGGUGAAUUAAAAAUUUAACCGUGAAUAUAGUUUAAACAUAAAUUAAGUACCUGUAAAAUUUAAAAAAAUAAAAAUUGGAAUAUUUUAAAAUGA